UUAAACGUCCCGCAGACUGAGGAGGAGGGAUGCAAUGAGACAGCAAGCAGGAGGCAGACAGAAUGAGAGAGAGCGAGGCAAAGGCAGCAAUAUUCUGAGAAAAGAGAAAGCCAGGAGGCGGGGUUCACAGCGGGGAAGGCAGGCACACAGCACUGUGCAUGAAGAGAAGCUUCCGAGCGUGUGUUCAAUGUUAGGCUGAGAGUCGGCAACGGGAGAAAUCAUAGUGCAGGGGGAGACCGUAUGCAAGGGGCACCAGGAGAGUCAGUGCAUGUUGCCAGAUUGACAGAAGCAGGUUGGAAAGAGGAAAGAAGCAAGUGAAGACAGCAAGAAGGACUGAGGAGGUGUGCAGAGGUGCUUCGGUUUGAGUCAACUAGACAGCAGGAAGGGAUUUGUUAAGAGUGCUGCUUUGUGGAUGUAAACUUUGUCUGCGGGAUCGGGGGGCAUCAGUGGCAGAGCAGGGGAGGACGUGCACCGGUGGAUUAUCAUGUGUGUCCUCUGAACACUCCAGGAUGCUGCAGCUCCACAGGGGGAAAAGCUGGCCCUGGCUCGCCUGCAGAGGGAAGUCGCACGGGGCAAGAGCGAAGGAACAAUGCGAGAAAAACUGAUCCACGAGCUAGAGGAAGAGCGACGCCUGCGACUGGAGAGCGAGAAGCGUCUCUGGGAAGUGUCAGAGGAGUCCGAGCUGGGACGGGCACAGAUGGUUUCACUGCAGCAGCAGUUCUCCAGGAUGGAAGAGACGGUGCGGUCACUGCUGCAGAACCACGGCGUCCUGGAGCAGACGGCGGUGGACACAGUGGACAUCAUGAAAGCCUAUAAGGAUAAACUCUCUGAGGAAGUGCGAAAACAACAUGAUGGCCCCGAAGAGAACGGCUCCCCGUCGGGACCUCAGACUGAGUCCGACCCCGGACUGCUGCCUGACAUGGAUCCCGAUGCCAGCCAAGCAGACGAGCACAAAGACAAAGCCAAGCUCCUCAUGGAGCGUCUGAAGGCCCUGGAGGAGGAGAAUUCUGCCUUGGCCUUGGAGAAUGAGAAUCAGAGGGAACAGUACGAAUGCUGUCUGGAUGAGGUUGCCAAUCAGGUCGUGCAGGCGCUUCUCACCCAAAAGGACCUUAGAGAAGAAUGUCUGAAGCUGCAAACUCGUGUUUUUGACCUCGAGCAGCAGAACCGGGCUUUGAGUGUUUUGUUCCAGCAGCGGAUCAAUCCAGCCUCUGACCUGCUUCUCCAGAAACUGCACUCCCGGAUCAUGGAUCUGUCUGCAGCGGAUUUGCUCCUGGAGCCAGAGAGAAGCAAAACAUUUUUGCAGUCCAGGAACUCAGACUCUCCCUCCAGUGAGGUCCAGCUGAACGGAAAGCCAGGUCAGCCUGUGGCGAAGUAUCUGAGCCAGCUGAGUCUGACGGUGCCAGCUCCUGUGUACCCACGCAGCAGCUGCAGCAGCAGUGAAAUCUCUCUGUCAAGCACAUGCAGUGAAUUCUCCAGCGGCUCCUACACGUGGAAUGAUGGGCGGUCCUGUGGGAAAAUGUCUUCUCUGACUUGGGAGAAGCGGCUAAGUUUGGGUUCAUCAGCCCCCAGCAAUAUCUGCACAUCUCUGGAGGAGCAGCUGCCCACGAGAGGCAAAGAAAGCCACAUACUAGAGGGACUGAGGAAGCUCCAGAGAAGGAAACACACGAGUUCAUCUUCUUCAUCCAAGGUCUCCAACUCAGGCUACAAAGACUGUAUGAACUCCAAUGAGGGAAUCUACUCCCUGGGUAUCAAAAGUAGCAGCAAAGGAGUUUCAAAAUCAAAUCAUAUGAGUAGAAUGGGGAGAAAGAAGUUCUCUUAUGACUCUGAUGAUGCAGACGACGAACUGGCACAUUCCAGUCAGAGAGAUAACAUCCCCACAAAGGACAGCUGGUUUUACUGUAAGAAACUUUCUCACAGCAUCCCAGAGAGUCUAUGCAGCUGGGACGGGAUUCAGGAUAGCGGACGGGAAGGUGAUGAUAGCUCAGAACCUGUGGUUACUAAACGUUCUUCUUGCCACAACUCCAAAGAGCGUCCUGAGAAACUUUUUAUUAACAGUUUUCUCCCUGAGGGACAAAGAACAUCAGCUUUCACUAAACCAUCUGUAAUGCACGCCAACCCUUCUAACUCACACGAUCCCAGCCAGCUCUCUGACCUGGAUGAUCCUGAGGAACUAAACUCUGAGUCCAGUGACAUUCGAAAUUCCUUUAGUCAGCACGAUCAGGCAGAGAGGGAGCCGAAGAGACUGUCAAGGGAUGCUGGUAAGCUGAUUACACACCAAUGCCCGGGAAGGGACCAGGGACGUACCCAGUCUGCAGAUGGGAGGCCCAGACCUUUCAGCCUAAUUAAGGAACCCAGAGAGGCUAAGUGUACUCACUCUGAGGAGAGCAUCUUAGCAAUAUUCGAUGCAGAAGGAGAGGCUAUUGAACUCCGUGGUCAGAAACUUGGACAUAAUCUUCAAGGUAGCAAAUUAGUUCCUAACUACACUGAAUCAGUGCCCCAUGAGAUGCUAGGAAGGCAAAAACCAGCAAUUGCUAGAAACUACACUGUUCUUGAGUCUCCAGAGAAGCCAUCAGAAUAUAAGCAGAGGACUAUUAACACUAGCAGUAGCAGGGAGGGCAGCACCGAGAGGCUGUCAAUGAACUUGACUCCACAAAGGAAACUAAUCAAACUGCCAGCAACCCGAGCUAUGAAAGGUCAUUCAAUCCCUCCACUGAAUGACGCUUGUAGUUCCAAAUCUGGUGGUUCAAAAAUACCUGGAUGUAACAAACCUUCAGGAUCCCCACUAAGAUUGUCUAAAGGCUCCAUCACUGAGCCAGUUAACAGUAUAAACUCAGGUCUCUCAAGUCAGGACAAAUCCCCCACUUCUCCGACAGGUAAAAUGUUGAGGUUCAUCAAACCUCCAGGAAAUGUCUCACACAGCCCAAAGGCAGCUGGCUCCAAACUCCCCGGCAAAGCUGAAUGGACUAAAGGCUGCUCCUCCUCUGGUUCACCACAGCUCUCGCGGAGGCACCUGGAAUACACUGACCGUGGUGAGCAGCCAGCCAGAGACAAGCACUGUGAAACCAGCAAAACUAAACUCAGGUCACCUUCACCUCCUGCUCCACCUGGACGCACAACCUCCUUACUGAUCAGACCAAAUUAUGAAGGGUCACCUCAAGCACAUAAAACUGGGGUGUCUCAAUCAUCUUUACAAACCACUGUGAGGGCCCCUCCCCCAAGUUACUCCCCCUCAUCUGCGCCAAAUAUGCAAAGUACUCUACCCAUCAAGGAUAAAGACUGUUUAGACUUGGAUGCAGGCUAUGGGACUGCACUUGCACCUCAUAAACUGGUUGACAAAACCAGUCAGCACCUUCAAAAGUCCCCCACCUCAACUCAGACACUUACAAAAAGCACUUCUAAGUGGGCAAACAUGAAAGACUACCUCCCUUCUGUGAACUCAGGUUGUGCUCCAGAAACUGAAAAUGCACCUAAAACUUCAAAGAAUGUCCCUCCUCCCUACAGUGCCCUUAGCGGGUCCUCAUUUCAGAAUUCAGUUGCAUGUAAAAGAGGACCUUCCAAUGAAAAUGUUGAUCAAUCUGUGCAAAAGACAUUUGUUAAUUUGCCUGUUUCGAUUCAGGGCACCACUCAAAAUAAAACAGAACCACACAAUUCUAAAUCUAUUGUGAGCCCACCCAGUUCAGUUAUAAAUUCCCCUAACCCAGUGGAAAAAGGCUCAAAGACACGCAUUCCUAUGGGAUUCAAAGCAUUUUUGAAAUCUCCCCCUAGCCAUAAGAAUACCCCCUCUAUACCAGGCAAGCAGGAGAAAGAUCAUAUCAACUCAUUCUCCAAAGAUACUGUAACUACAAAUGCAUCCACUAAGUGUGAUGAUUUUCAACCCACAUACAAUAUGGAUUUAUCACCCAAGCCAUCCAUUACAGAAGGCAAAGUUGAGGGUCAGUGUAGAUUACUGGAAGAGGAAGCACAGGUUGCAGGCCAAGAAGUUCUUUGUGACAAAGUCAAAAGGGGUAGUCAGCUUUUUGCUAGAUCCAUAUCUGUUAACAGUAAACCUCUCCUAAAACCAGCUUUGGGAAUGAAUGGUGCUAAAGCUCGAAGCCAGAGUUUUAGCACCAAUUAUAUGGAGAAGCCCAACAUUUCCAACCUUGAUGGACCAGGAAAAAUCAGAACUCAAAUAAUCACUAAUUCAGGUGACAGAGGGAGCUCCUUGUCUUGGCAGAGUUCUGCAGAGGUGCCGAGUGCAGGAUUAAUUGAGAAUACUGUCCACCACUCCCCCAGGAACAGGCUUAGCUACUGUGGUGGCAUGACCGGGUUGAAUAGUCACAACAUACUGCCUGAGAGAGUGUCUAAGUUAGAUGCUAAAGGUAACACACCACAAGACACAAUGAAGGAGGAGGCAAUCACUUCCCACCCCCAAAAGGAGGUGCGUAGUUUACCGAUCAUUGAAAGGACUGGUUUCAACAAUGUCCGUAAGCCUGUAAAGGUGGCGUCUCAUCCUCAGUUUAAAUCCCAAGCAACUUGCAUCUAUAACUCGGAAAACCCAGUGUGUAGUACAGGAGGCAAACCAACCACCCCUGAUGAGCCCAACUACAACGACAGGGAAUUCAAAACCCAGAUGGACCCCAUAAACAAACCCCCAGAUACCGAAGAGAAAAAAGUCAGUCCAACUAUCUCUACGAUCGAGGCAAAAGUCAUGAUGGGAAUCGAAGAAAAUGUGCAAAAGUGUCAAGAACAGGAGAAGGUUGCUGCCAGUGAGGCUAAACAGAAAACGGGUCCUUCUCUGGCAAACUGGUUUGGCUUCCGUAAGAGCAAAUUGCCGGCUCUGAGUGGCAAGAAGGCGGAUUCACCAAAGGCUAAAGAAGAAAAAAAAGAGCUAAAGAUUGGAUCAGUCCUUGGAGGAAAACAGCUGAAGGCCGACAAGAAGAAGGAUAAAAAGAAAAAUGACAACCAGGAGGUGCAGAACCUGUCAGAGAUGAACAACAAGCUCAGCUCCAUCAUGGACCACUGCAACAACCAGAUGGGUCAGAUAGCCAGCCAGAUCCAGUGUACAACGGCCUUCAUGGGCAAGGAUCAGCUUGUGAAAGAACUUCUUGGCAAGACUGCUGUGAAGGGUAGCUCGGUGAUCACAUCCCCGCCUGCGAUCUCCACACCCAAGAGAAACACCGACAUGAAGGCAGAUAUGGAGAUCUGUUCUGAUACGGCUACUCUUCUCAUGAACCAGAAGAUCAAUCUGAGGGCUGAAAAUGAAGAGAGGCACAUCCCAGACGCUGGGUGUCAGGACCACAUGAUCAACAUCCCACCACCUCUCCCUGUCACUUUAGGCUCAGGCUGUCAGAUGAGAACCUUGGACAGUGGCAUCGGCACCUUCCCUCUCCCUGAUUCCGUCACUCGGGCCAGCGGUCGCCACAUUCCCAAAUCUGAAUCAAGUCCUGGUGAGGUGACCGCAGGCUCAGCUGAGCUUGAUCAGGACCCUCCCUCUCCUCACCCAGACCCCUCACAAGCUAAUGUGAAAGUGCCUUCCCUCCCAAAAUCCUGCCUGCAUGCCGCGCCAAGCGUGGGCCACUCUCUUUCUGACCCUGCAGUGACUUCCAGCAAUCCCGACACCCAGAGCCGCCUGCCAAAAUUAGCAUCCACAGAUGCAAUCAAGACAAAAAGGUGGAGUCUGUGCACUCAGAAAAGCAGCACCUCAGUUUCCACAAAGGAGGAAGAAACAGAGGGGAAGACGAAAACCAAGGAUCACAAAUCACCUGCUGAACGAGCCCUGCGAGUAUGCACCUACUCACACAGCAGCAGCGACACUGAGACUGAACCUGAAUCCACCGGAAGCACUUUGGACUCACCACAACGAACCCUCAUCAACGCAACCACCAAGAAUGGCUCAGGUGACCAGAAUGACGGCACGCUGAAGAGAAACAGUUUGGAGAAAUCCUUGUCAAUCAUGGACUACUAUCAGCACGAUAUGUUCUCACAUCUGGAGAAGGACAGCAGGAAGAUUUCCCAGUACAGCUUGUUGCACAAAGAACCGUUACUUGAUGGGAAAGCUGGAGACAGACUCGGCAACGAGAUGCCUCUUGAGAAGAUGUCAGUCAGUGCAAACCAACCAGGUGGUCUGGACUUCUCUUUGGAGACUCUCAACAAGCGAAACCACAGCAGCACCAGUCUGUACCCAGACAUGGGCUUAAACAGCCAUAGGGGUGACUGCCACGCUGACAUGGGUGAGAACGUAGAGGACUGCUGCAAAGUGGAUGAGCCCUCAUGCUCUAGUUUCUCCAACAAGCCUGGACUGGAUCCUGUAGGGUCUCUGAGUGAUUCGCUGUAUGACAGCUUCUCUUCCUGCACCAGCCAGGGCUCCCAUGUUUAGGAGCAAUGCCUCACAACACAGGGCUGUAGCGCCCCAGUCCAUGUCUUCAACCGAAUCUCUAGACUGGUUUGCAUCGGUUGAUCCCUAAGAAAUUAAUUUAUUGUCAUGACCAAAUUGGUUCUGGACUCAAACUUGAUUUGGUUUUAUUCUGUGUUGGACCUGGUCUUCUUUCAAGCUCAGCUGGUCCUGGUUGUGGACUCUACUAUGGUGGCCUACAGCCCAGCUAUAUCUCGUCGAACUUUGCCUCUCUACGUUCAACACAAAGCACUUAGUGGGGACAUGAGGAUGAAAGCUCAGAAGAAACACCAAACCAAGACUUUCACGUUUCGGCUCUGAGUGUGAUGAACUGGAAGCAAUACGCAUGUCUGAUUGCAUUUUCUAGUUAUCGUCCCCCAUGACGGGGAACGUCUUGUUAUUGCACUGUAUCAAAUACUGUACAGUUUGUAAAGAGUGGACAACAAACCAUUCAGGCAGUAAAUAGGACAUCUUCUUAGGGCAACGCAGGUUGACAACACUGACGUACAGCUUCAGGCAUUAAAUGCAAUGUUCAUUUUACCUCAUCAUGAUCCAACCAGGGCUCAUGUAUGGCCUCUGUGGUUUUAUUGUAGAUAAAAGCUUAAAUAUACCUCCAACACAACAGACUUCCAAGCAAAAAGUCAACUUCCAUAAUGAGCCAUGUUCUUUCUGUGUUUAUCAUUGGCAACCCCCAAAACAUGUUCGAGUUCCAUCUUCGACCCAGUGCACAGAGCAGUGUGGCCAUCAGUACUCAUUUCCACCUGAUGCCGUUGGCAUUUUUACACCCAUUGCCAGUCAUCAAACCACUUGUGCUCAUGAGGUGUGGUCAGGUGCAAAUUGUGUACAUUUAUAUCAUUUGUCAGAAGAAAUGUUUUGUGUCUUAAACCCAAUGAUGUUGGUACGAUUCACCUUUGGUACUCUGUCGCUUUGGAAUAUCUGUGGAUACCACUGGAAUAACUGUGUCAAACGAAUGGCUACUUAAGGAGACUCAGAUUAGAUUCGACAGAACUUUAUUGAUCCCUUUGGGAGACUCCCUCAGGGAAACUGAGGUUCCAGCAGCAUUGUAGCAGCACACAGAGUAUCAAAAGUGAAAGUAAAAAAAAAAAAAAAAAAUUUCAAAUACAAAUACCAAACAUACGGAUAAAUUACCUGCAUCACUAGAAAUGUCAGCUAUGACAUUUU